AUGGCGAAGGUCAGCCCGUCGACGAUCGAGUGGACGUGCUCAUCGUUCUAUGACUUGACCGUAUGCGCACUCUACGACAUCCUCCAACUUCGGGCCAACACAUUUGUCGUGGAAAUGCAAAAGGUCCUGGGCGACCUUGACGGUCACGACCAAGUUUGCUUCCACCUCGUCGGGCGGGACCAGAACCACGAGUUGGUUGCGUACGCUCGCCUCGUUCCUCCACACACCCUUGGCCCCGAAAAAGCUGAACCGAGCAUCGGCCGGGUCGUCGUUGCGACGCACGCGCGCGGCGCUGGCGUUGGACACACCCUCGUUACCAAAGCCAUCGAGGUAUGCCAAGCGCAUUGGCCCCAUCGUGCGAUUGACGUCUGCGGCUUGGCGACUCUCGAAAAGUUCUACACAAGCCUCGGGUUUGCGAAAGUCUCGGAACCGUUUGACGAGCAAGGGUUCCUCUGUAUGAACUUCCGGCGACAGAACUCGAGCGGUUCAGGAAGUGCCGCACUUGAACUAUCGCCACAUUUGGUCAACGCCGCAUGUCAUCGGCCUGAUCAUUUGUAG